AUGCCGGCGCCGGAAACUCCUGUAGUUCCGGUGACGGAUCCGCUGUUGAGUAAGGAUGGUCCAGUGAAACAAGGAAAGGCUUCAUGGGUGAAGGGUCGUUUCCUCGCAAAGGCACCACAUGUGGCGCGGAUCCAUUACAUAGUGAAUAGGAUCUGGCCUCUUGGAGAUAAAUCGAUUAAGAUUGAUGUCUAUGAAGUUAAUGAGGUCACUGUGAAAUUCAGAAUCAAAGAUGAAGCAACAAGGAAACGAGUACUUCGUAGGGGGAUGUGGAAUAUUGUGAAUAUUCCUUUGGUUCUCUCAAAAUGGUCACCGGAAGAUGAAGAAGAAGAGGAGGAAGAAAUCACAACCAUACCGAUGUGGAUCGUCAUGAAGAAUGUUCCUCGCAGAAUGUUCUCUUGGAAAGGACUGGGUUUCGUUGCCAGUGCAGUGGGUAAACCUAAGAGAUUGUAUCUGGAUACACUUCUGUGUAAUAGCUUUGAAGAAGCGAAAGUUUUUGUUGAAGCAGAUAUGACAAAAGAGCUACCAACUCAUCAUCGUUUCAAGUCAAAGCUUUGCGUAGAUGCGGAGGUGGAGUUUACCUACCCAUGGUUACCGGACAGAUGCACAAUAUGCUCUAAAUGGGGACAUUUGCAUGCAGCUUGUAAGUCAAAAGUGAAAAUCCUAACCAAAGACAAGCCACAACACGUGGAGAAGAAUGGGCGGGAAAUUACACAAGAAAGAGUUCUACACAAUAAAGAGGCUGAUACAGUACAAAGAAAUGGUAAGGAAGUUGAGGUUGCGGUAAGUACUGAGAGUAUGAAGGAUUCUGAAGCUGCCAUAGGAUGCGCAGAUGGAGAAAAGAAAUCAGAUGAUCUUCCCACUACGGGAAACAUGUCGUCAGACAUAGAGAUUGUUCACCCCGAAGUUGAGAAGUCUAAUGGCAACAUAUCUGAGGGGGAGAACUCAGAAUGGCUAAAUGUAUCACCUACUAAGACGGGAAGGUCGGGGAACAAGAUUACUGCUCAGAAUCAUAAUCUCAGCUCACCAUCUCGAUUUGCUAUUUUAUCUACGGCGGAGGAUUCUGUAGAAGAGGUAGAUGAAAAUGAAGCCAAUACUACUGGAAAGGAAACAGAGGAAGGGGAAAUAAUUCCUGAGAGUGUGGGGAAUGAAACUGAUGAAGGAAAAGUAGAAAGUGAAGUCAACUCUCAGGAAGUAAGAGAAAACAACACAAUGAAGGAAAAAGUUGAUGUGAGAGAAGAACGACUACUUCGCUCCACUAUUCCUAGACCAACUCGUGGCUCCACUAAAGCUCAAUCAGACACUCAAAGCACUAGUACUAAGGACACAAUCCUAAGUUUUAAUAAGAAGAAGAAGCAUGCAGUUGUAAAGAAGUGGGUUGAAGAUAAAGGGUUUCAAUUUGGUGCUCUUUUUGAAACGAGGGUUACUGAGGGAAGAAGUAGGAGGAUCUCUACAUCAGUUUUCAAUAGCUGGUCUAUGAUGUCCAAUUAUGAAGAUAAUUCUCUGGGUCGCAUUUGGUUUGUAUGGCGGUCUGACGUGCAGGUUACGCCUGUGUUUAAAAGUGAUCAAUUGAUCACGGUGUCUAUUGUUCUUGAAGGGGACGAAAAAGAGUUUUUCCUCUCUGUUGUCUAUGCUCUUAAUACAGAAACAGAGAGGCAUGUAUUGUGGGAGGAUUUGAAGAAUCAUCAAAAUUCUCCAAUAUUUCGAAGAAAACCAUGGCUGGUGAUGGGGGAUUUUAACGAAACUCUUGACAUAGCCGAGCAUUACCUGUAUGAAACGAGCCCAGUAGCCACACAUGGGAUGAGAGAGUUCCAGAGUGUCACACAAAAUUGUUCUCUGCUUGAUUUCCCUUCUCACGGUCCAGUUUAUAUGUGGAGUAAUAAAAGGAGUGAGGGGAUAAUCUCAAAGAAGCUGGACCGUGUUUUGUUUAAUGAUUACCGGCUCAACUCUUUUCCUGGCUCGUUUAAUGUGUUUGAAGAAGGAGGGUGUUCAGACCAUUUACGGUGCAGGAUACAUUUGAGUUCAGAGCAGAAUCGACCUAAGAGACCUUUCAAAUUUGUUAAUGCAGUGGCAAGUCUUGAAGGUUUUCUACCGAUGAUGGCGCAGUAUUGGACAGCUUCGGUUCCCAUAUACUCAUAG